GCAAUAAAAGGUCUCCAAGUGGAUGUUUGUUCAUCUGCUGAAGAUGUCGAUGAGGACAAAGACAAGGAUGAGACUGAAACUGUUAAACCAGUGCAGGACUCAGAAAUUUAUUAUGGUAAUGGAGUUCCUGAGAGUAUUAGGUCUGAUGUGUCUGAUCAAGAGGAAGAUGAGGAAAGUGAAAGCGGUCCAGUGGCAAUAAGUUUAUCAAAAGCAGAAACCCAAGCUCUGACUAACUAUGGCAGUGGAGAAGAUGAGAAUGAAGAUGAAGAAAUAGAAUUUGAGGAAGGACCCGUUGAUGUGCAGACAUCACUACAAGCCAGCAGUGAAACAACAACUGAAAAUGAACAGACUUCAAACCAAGAAUUGAAAAAGACAAAAAGCAGUGAGACUCUGUCAUCAGAACAGGAAUCUGUUAAUGUUAAAGGUGAACAAGAUGUGGCUACAAUUUUGCCUCAUUACCUCAAUGUCAUGGAGAAUACACCACCUUUAACAGUCAAUACCCCAGAAUCCUUUAUAACAGCCAGUAAGAAAACAGAAGAAUCAAGCUCAUCUUCACCUGUAAAUGAAACUCAAACACUAGAUACAACGUGUGUAGGAAACAAAUCAUCUGCUGCAAGUUCUGAGAGUUCUGUGGCUGGUAGCCCUGAUACGGAGUCACCUGUGUUAGUGAAUGAAUAUGAAGCUGGUUCUGGAAACGUAAGUCAAAAAUCUGAUGAAGAUGACUUUGUGAAAGUUGAAGACUUGCCCCUUAAACUUGCAGUGUAUUCAGAGGCAGAUUUAAUGAAGAAAAUGGCAACAGAGGCCCAAACCAACAGUUUGUCUGAUGAAUUACUGGAUGGAGGUGGAGCUCAGGAUCAGGAGUUAGUAGGAGAUGCCCAAACUCUGAAAGAACCUGAAACUUUUGGGGCUCAAAGUGCAUGAAAAUAACCUGAAGAUAUCUGCAUUUAUAAACUCCAUGUAUACAAAUGCAUAUGGAAGAUCAGCACUAAUUUCCCAGAAUUCUGGAAGUGUAUAAAAAUGUAAAAUUUUUGACACACCACCUCUUAGGAUAGGUAUGUUAACUUCUGCCUGUGGCAGUUUGAACAGCUGGAACUGAAUACUCUUCAGUUUUGCUGCACUGUUCUUUUUCUGUCUUAAUCUUUUUUUAUUGUGACUUGUUUAGUAAAUUUUAAAAUUGUUCAAAAUGGUAGUUUUAAAUAAAGUUUGGACUUGUCUGUAAAUUUGUCUUUUGAAAAAUUUUCCUCUGGUUUACAAAAUGGUAUGCAGUUUGUUGUUGGAAGUUAACUGACUUUUAAGUGGCAGCAUGCUUUAGCCAUUUGUUACUCCUCUUCCGAGAAACACUGGUAAUUUUCCUGGGA